UGGCUCUUCCCGUAUCUUUGACAUAUGACCUUCGUGUGCUACCUGCUGUGGUUGCCAUGUGUCACUGUCACGGCGGACGCUCCUUUCGGAGGGUGGUGUCCUCCGGCGGUGCCUUCGGAUUCAUGCAGCAGUGCCAAUGCGUCAGAGGAGUUCACGGCAUCGUUGCUCAACUGGGAUGCCUUCAAGGCACUAAUUUGGCCAACGUCGAUCUCAGCCUUCUUUUUGCCACUGGCAGAUACGCUGCGGCAGAUGGAGUGCACCUCCAUCUACUGGAAGCAUUGUGACAGCUCUGCUGCGAUGAAGGAGCUGUGCUCGCUCUAUGAACAGAUCUUGUUAGCCGCACCACGCGUCCUUCAGUUGGACCUGUCGCUCCUGUUCAGUCGCUGCGGUGGGAAGCACCAGGAUGCAUUGGGCACUUUGCUGGCGGCUUGUGAGACAUCCACAUGGUCCAGCGUGAUUUGGUGGAGCCUGCGGAACCUGGUUCACUGCUUGGCUUCAAGUGUGAAGACUGGGGAGGAGCAAGAAACCAUGCUCGGUAUGGCAAUGCACUACUGGCAUAGCCCCAGUCAGGUGUGUUUCCGCGAUGAUCUCAUUUGGUGGCAUGAAGAGCCUCCGGAGCUGUUGGAGAUCAUUCCCGAUGAUGCCUGGGUGAUCAACUUGGGAGCUUCCAAUGGGGGCUGUCGACGACUGCUGCAGUCGCCUGGUCCGCCAACACGCUCGAACCUUUUUGAGACACAGGAUCCUGCGAACUGCCUGUUGAAUCGCAGCCAUCGAGCCAGUGGCAUUUUCUUCGAAGGCAACAAGAAAGACUACAUGGAACUGGAGAAGGCUCUUGGAAACCGCUCUGACUUGAAGCUGGCCGAGAAAACUGACCCCGGACACUUCAAGACACUGGUGAGAAACUAUGUGGCUCAGCAGGAUGCCAGGGGAGUGGCUGGCUUGGAGCGUCGUGCAAAAGAUCCUCUCCUACUGAAGGUGGAUGUGGACAAUUGCGACUGUUGCUUCCUGGAAGUGCUUUUGAAUGAUCCACCAGAGGGUCUCCGCUUGCGGCCCGCCGUCAUUCAUGUUGAAGUCCACCCAUUGGUCCCACCUCCGAUUGCCUAUAGGCCUUUGCGCUACAGCUUUGGUGUGGGUGAUUCGCUCUUAGAGAUAGGUCCCGAGCAUGGAAGAAGAGGACAUUUUCUGCAUUGCUCACUGACAGCCUUCAUGGAGCUGCUUCUACCACUGGGAUAUCACCUGGCGCACUUGCUCUUCAAUGAUGCCAUCUUCAUCCGCGAGCCCAUGCCGUCCACGUCCGGAAAAAGCCUCAUGGAGAGGCUGAAGAGUGCAAACUUGGCGGAGCGGCUUUGGUAUGGUUCCUUUUUCUGUCAUCCCUUACGGCCCAGCCCCAUCGAAGUGCACUACAUGAUAGAGUUUCAGUAUGACUAUCGAGUUUGGAAUGAUGUAUCCAUUCCUCCCAAAGAUCGUAUUGAGCUGAUUCGAAGCUAUCUCGACGCUUGGCGGGUGCCAAGGGCUUUCUACACCUUGUAUGAAAGCAUCGCCUGAGACUCAUGACGAAA